AAGGCAGGCAGAUCACCUGAGGUCAGGUAUUCGAGACCAGCCUGACCAUGUAGUGAAACACCGUCUCUACAAAAAAAUACAAAACUUAGCCAUGGUGCCGGGCACCUGUAGUCCCAGCUACUCGGGAGGCUGAGACAGGAGAACUGCUUGAACUGGGAGGCGGAGGUUGCAGUGAGACCAAGAUCGUGCCACUGUACUCUGGCUGGGUGACAGAGUUAGACUCUAUCUCAAAGAAAAAAAAAGUCAGAUCUGUCCUAGACACUGAAAGGAAUUAAUCAGACGGGAUCUCAGUCUUUUAAGAACUCUUUCAAAUAGAGAAGAGGUGGCAAUAAAUAAUUAGUAUAUAGUACUGUAAGUGAAAAAUCAGAAUUGUGUGCAAAGUACCGGGGUAACCCAGAGAUGGCGAUUAAUUCUGCCUGGAGAAACAGCAGCGAAGGUGACAACCUGACUGUGGGCGGAAAGCGGAAUAUCUAGAGGCUGAAUUUCAGAAGCUUCCGGAACUAAAGUGAUGCGGAAGUUGAGUGAGUCUCGGUCGGAUUUUGUUGCUGCACUUGGUCAAGGCCGUUCUGUUAGUGUUUUCAGACGCCCAGGGAACGCGGCUGCGGGGGGGGCGGAUCUUCGGUUUGCACAGCUAGAGGCCGCGCAGCAGCAAAGGAUGAGCGGAACCUUGGAAAAGGUGCUGUGCCUGAGGAACAAUACCAUUUUUAAGCAAGCCUCUUCUCUCUUAAGGUUUAGAACUUCAGGAGAGAAACCCAUCUAUUCUGUAGGUGGCAUUCUGCUAAGUACUAGUCGGCCCUACAAGACAAAACCCACCCAUGGCAUUGGAAAGUACAAGCACCUAAUUAAAGCAGAAGAGCCCAAGAAGAAGAGGGGAAAAGUGGAAGUGAGACCCAUUAAUUUGGGGACAGAUUAUGAAUAUGGGGUUUUAAACAUUCAUCUGACUGCAUAUGACAUGACCCAGGCAGAAAGUUAUGCCCAGUAUGUUCACAACCUCUGCAACUCUCUCUCCAUUAAAGUCGAAGAAAGUUAUGCGAUACCAACCAAAACCUUAGAAGUGUUGCAGUUGCAGGACCAAGGCAGCAAAAUGUUCCUGGACUCAGUGCUUACCAUCCAUGAGCGAGUGGUUCAGAUCAGUGGUUUGAGUGCUACAUUUGCAGAGAUUUUCUUGGAAAUAAUCCAAAGCAAUCUUCCUGAAGGAGUCAGAUUGCUAGUGAAGGAGCACACUGAAGAAGACUUCAAGGGAAGAUUCAAAGCUCGACCAGAACUGGAAGAACUGUUGGCUAAGUUGAACUAGCUACUGUAGACCCUUUCAUGCCAGCACUGGUCAUAUUGAGUGCCAAGGAGAAGAGCUUACUGGGUGGUCAGAGUUCAUCAGGAGACUUGACCUUUAGAUUCAUAAGUACCCAUUCCCAUAGCCAGUAAUGCCCACACUCCUCUGUGGCAUGGCUGUACUUGCCAUUUGUUACCACUUACCUAUGAGCUAACCCUUGUUAUCCUCCAUCUAAUAAAAAUCUGCUGCUGAUGUGUA